ACGUCAUAUGUUACUAAGAACCCAAGAAUCAUUUGGCCUUUACGUUGGCUUCACAUCUUUACAUGUGUAAUAAAUGUAUCCUAACGUGACCGACCAAACGGCGUUGAUCGCCGAUCCCGUUGUGCUGCCUUAAAAACAAUUGUUUAUAAAAAUGAGAAAAAUAGUUUUAAACAUUGAUGAACAAUGUAGAACUUGUAAAUUAUGAGAUACGAAAUAAAUAGUGCCUCGAUUUAGUGAUACAAAAAUAAUAUUAAUCUAAUUAUAUUGGAUUGUUGGGUGGUCUUAAUGUAGACGCACCGAAUAAAUCGAACAAUGUCAUCGAAGCGUCAUUUUGCUAUUUGACGUUUGAUGAAUAUUACAUCAAUUAAAAACAAGGUUGAAAAAUUACCCCUGAUAACAUGACUGAUAAUCAUUGAACAUGAGACUGAUUAGAGUGGGUAUCGUCUUGGGAAAAUAUACCAAUUGUGUGCAAUGUUCAUAAUGUUUCAACAUUUUGUCAUUGAACCUAACCCAAACCCGAGUUAAGCAAUUGGGUUCCAUUAAUUGGUUUUGUUCGCUUGACCAGAACAAAAGUUAAUAGCGAAACGGUCCGCUGGUUGAUUUUUCUCUACGAAGUUUAUAAUGUGUUGAAAAACAUCCGGAAAUAUAAUAAUCGCGACCAACAGAACGAGGAGAAAUAUUAGAGCAGUGACUCAAUGGAGAAAUGAUGUAAUCGAGAUAAGCAACAUAAGCGGGACGCUGCAGUUAUAACAAUAAUAUGGUUAUGGCAGGGAAUGAAAAUGGGGCGGGACCAAAGACGGAUGAACCGCUUGCUUCCAGGCUUCUGUGGCUUCAACAGCGUCGUCAAGCCUUGCAAGAGAAAUUAAUACUCAAGAACAAUGAGCUGAAAAAUCUUUGCAUAGAUGAGGCUGAACUCACCGGGAUUCUUCCUCCAGAGAUUCCAUUAGAACCUGGAGAGAGUCCGCCGAGCUUCCGCAGAAGAGUUGGAACUGCCUUCACCUACCCACAAAAUUUGAUAAAUAAAUUGAAAACUACAGAGGCUGAGGAGUCGACUUUGGAAUUAGAACGUCAAGUACAAGUUGGAAUAGCGGAAGCAGCUCUUGGAAUCUUCAAUGAUCCGGGAGAGAGCAAGGCUGUCCGUAGGAAGCACAGACUCGUGUAUCAACAGAGUCAACGUCGUCUUCAGGAGCUCGAUGCUCGCCUUAAUUUUAUUAGACAAUCUCACGGGAAAUCCCACCGAACUUCACAACUUCCUGCUCAUUUACCUGCAUACGCUACACAGCCACAUCCUCAAGGCCAUGGAAAGCACAGAACUAAAAAGCCUAGACCACCUCUUGAAGGAACUGGCAAUGAAAGGUCCUCGAAAUCGUCGCGAGGCCUUUUACAAGAGGGUGGAGUCAGUCUCAGUCCUAUGGGUCCGGAACAAAACUACAACACCUACCCUGGGACUGGUUACCAGGACCCAGAACCUACGGCGCAUCAUGCGCCUUUGGCGACAAUCUACAACCAAAAUCGUAGCCCACUCUUAACGAACAGCCCAACGACACACAGUCCAAAACUUAUGGAAAUAAACGAUCUCAAUGACAAUCACAACGUAUAUAUUUUACCUGAACAGUACAGAGCUCGAACGUAUUCUCAUGGAAGUGGAGGAUCUAGAAAUACGAGCCACUAUUUGGACACGGAGAGGAAUUAUAGACCAGUUCCUAAUACGUACACGGAGCAAGAGAGGAUCCUGAGGUAUCGUCAGCUCCAGUUACAACAACAGCAACAGCUGCAUCACCAGCAGCAACAAUUGCUGCAAAACCAUCAACAGUAUCCUGAUUAUAAAACUGUAGACAACGAUGCGAUAAGAUAUCACCCUACAGGAUCACAAUUUUUCCAUGAGACUGAAACAAGUGUGCGCCGUUACGCACCCACCCCUGAUUACCAGACUGGAUUUUCUAAUCAAAUACAUCAGUCGCAGAACAUUAUCCCCCGACGAGAUAGUAGGGAACCUGCAGCGAAUAGGAUUUCCAGGGGGAACGGGCCCCCGACAGACCCUCAUCAGCCCCCAGGUUACUGGAUCAGAUACGAAGACGAGAUAAUCUGGUGUCCCGAAGAACAGGGAGUCGAUAAGUUUGGAAGUCUCGACAGGAGGAAGCGGAGUACGCUUCAGCACUCCAAUACAACAGCUGGCAGCGGAGACCCGCAAAUUCGUUACCACACUGUGGCUGGAAGCAAAAGCACUUCACUGUUACCCAGGCACAAUGUUCCACUGAUACCUCCACAGCCGAUGGAUCAAAUCGCAUCGCAGACUGCUCCGAGUAGAAUGUUACUCAGAACUCAGUCGUUGGGUAGCGUGGAAACAUGGCACUCUGGUCAGUCCCACGAUUCCCAAGACAAGGAUAUGACCGACAGUGCUGGGUCGAAAGGAAAAGAGAAAGGGUGGUACGAAACGUCUCUCGAUUCGGGACCAGGCCCAUCAGCCUCCCUGAUCAAUAAAAAGGUGCACAAUAACGUGGCUUUGAGUCCGGGGAUUUUGACCGACGAACAAAAACGAGUUCAAAACCACAUUCAGCAACCGAUUCGUUAUCAGCAGGUUCCAAAGAUUCUCGAAAUACCAGCGGAGUCGAAAUUAUUAGAAAACAAUAACGACCGUAUGUUAGAGUCUCCGAAAAAUUGCACCGUAGUUCAGGCGGGCAAGUACCAACCUUACAGGGAGGUAACGAAACCCUUUGAGAUGUCGGAUUUUUACAAAUAUUCAACGAAAUAUCGAAAGCGCAAUGAGAACGCGAACAAUCAGGCACAAAGCCCGAUCGCAGGACCCGGUACGGGCGGAAAUAUGAUCUCUGGUGGUUCAAAAUUGCCCCAGGAUCCCAGGGUGAAUAUGAUGAUACAAAUGAGCCAGGAAUUGAGGCUACAAGAAAAUUUGGAGGACCGGGCAGGACCCAGUCCCGUGCAAAAAAGGAUUUACCAGCCCCUACAGCGGAUGACUUGUCAGCCGUACAACGUGCUGAGGCCGGGAGAGGUGGGCGAGGAGUGGCCGUACGUAUCUGAAAAAGAAGCGGCAUCAAGUGCGACUCUUGUUUAAAAUUUCAAUUUCACUAGCAUAAAAUACGAAAGAGAAAAAAAAAUGAGACACGGCAACAUCCCCUCACUUAUCUUUUUGGCGGAAAGUGCCUUUCGUUUCUCUGUCUCAUCCUCUUUUUUGUCGUUCGCAUCGGCUGUUAAUUGUUCGAACAAAAAAAAAAAAAUUAAUAACGAAACGUGCCUUAAGAAUUAAAUUCCAAUAUACGGAAAAACAAACUGAGCAUUUUAGUUGGUAUCUUUUUGAUUAUUUUUCUUUUUCCUCUUCUUUUUUUUUUGUCCCUAGGCAGAAUUUAGACGUGCCUAACGAUAGGGCGAUGAAAAAAAAACGAAAGAAGUGGUAGGUAUACAAAUAAUAUGUAACAAAAAUCAUCGAAGUACCUGUACCAACGUUAUUUUAUAAGAUAUAAAAAAAAAGAACAAAAAACGAGAUUAAAAAGAAGAGGCAUGCCCAAUUCAUUGUUCAAUAUUUACAAUUUAGAUUAUAAGAAGAAAUUAUUGAUUAUUGAAAAAUAAAAAAAACUUAUUAAAAUCGUACGUUAAUUUCUCAUCUGUAAUAUAACGCGUGUGAUGAUGACGACUAAGAUUAUCACAUUAUUAUCGUCAUUAAAAUAUGCGCAAAAAAUGAAUAAAUCCUAGUGCCUUCGUUUGCUAUGAAAUUAGAUAUAACAUCAAUAAGAACAAUGAUAAUAAUAAGAUAAUAACCAUAAUAAUUGUAACGUAUUUUCGACGAACCAAAGACUACGCACUUCGCCCGUGGUUGUAUGCAACGUACAAAACGGGCAAAAUGCGUAAUACUUUUACAAAAUUGGUUCAAAAAUAAUGUGUCUGAUAUUUAUUUCAAUAAAUACCUGUUUUUCUUUUUUCCGAAUAUAGAUAUAUAUAUAUAUCAAUUAUAUUUUUUUAAAGAUAAUUCAUCAAUACCCAUCCCUACACGCUGAUGUACAAUGGUUCACCCUCAUUUUAUUAUUCAAUAUACAAUUUAUAAUAUUUAUAUAUAUUUACACUAAAAUUUAUUUUAUUUGUUCAUCCAUUCAAUAUUAAUAGUUUUCCUAUUUUCUAAUUUUUUUCUUUUUAUUUACUUGCGUUUCUUGCAGUUUACUCUCUUCAUCAAUGUGCUAUAGCUCUACUAUAGGAUAGCAAAUUAUUUAUAGUUCUUUUUUUUCAAUUUUUCUAGUCUUUAUUUUCUUUUUUUUUCGUUCGAUUUAUCGUACCACUGAUUACAUCAGGGUGGCACAGAAAAACGAAUAUUCUUUUUAUUCGCGUUUAUUAUGAGAAUAUAUUCGUUCGACAUGUUUGAAAAGCUCCCUCCAGGGAUCGGCUCGACAUAAAAAACAUUUUGAAUAUCGACUCGGAAGUUUCAGAAUCUCCAUCAUUUUUAACCCAGAAAAUAACAGAAUGACGAACAGAAAACAGAUAACAGUGUUUGACGAUUUUGGAAUCUUCUGACAACCUUGAGUAACCCCUGAAAAUCUUGUUUUGGAGCUAAUCUUUGGAGAGGGCUUUCAAAACACGUGAAACUAAUUUAUUUUCAUAGAAAACGCAAAACAAGACAAAUAUUAGUCUUUCUCCGGCCACCCUAAAUUACAUAAUAUUAUAUUCAGCUGGUAUAGGUAUAUUAGUACACGAGUACCCUAUAAUAUUCGAGGGAUACAUUCAAUUGUGAGUGCUGAACACUGAACAGCUGUGCAUGCACGCUCUAAUUAGAAAUUAAAUAUAACAAUAGAAAUAAAACACUAAAAGUAAACGGCGCAAAAAUUUCAAAGAAUUUUAUUUCGAUCGAAAAAACGGUGGAAAUCCUUGUUAUUUAUUAUCAUUCUAAUAUCAGGUCGGUGAAAAUAGAGCGCGGGUUAUGGGAAUAUUUAGGGUGCCUGAAAAAACACCCUUCGGUUUCACACGGGGCGGGGGUUUGACGUUUCAUUAUCAUUACAAUAAUACUUAAAAGUUAUCGUUCGUCUUUGGCGGUUUGACAAAUAAAGACAAAUCAUUGCAAGUUAUGGGUCAGUUUCAUUUUUCUCAAUCGGUCAGACCGUACCGAAACUUUGACAGUUAAUCUAUAUGCUCCAAAACAUUUCAUACGUCGAGAUUUUGAUCGGAAUAAUUUUUUUAUUAACUCAAAAAUUAUUGAACAUUCUUCUGUCAAAGUUCUAGCAGAGUCUUCUCUUGAUUAUUUGCACACGACGACGGCUCUGACAGUAAAUUGUUUAUUCAAACCCCCUUUUUGAGCUUUUCUUUUCUGUGGUUUUGUAUUUUUUGUGGUUUGCUUUUUCUUUUAUUAAAAUCGGCGGAAUGACGGGGUACGUCGUUUCACAUAAAUGUGAUAUGUAGAUACACAAUAUGUAUAUAUAUAUAAUAUAAGAUCGUAAUAGGACAAGGCACAGAGCUACGAGAAUAAAAGGACACGGACAAGAUGGCGUUUGAAUUUUGCUGCGAUCGGUAGUUAUGGACUUAGAUAAAUAUCGUGUAAUAUUACAAUUUUAGUAUAAUAUUUAUAAUAUAAUAUUGUACAGAAUUAUCUAAAAAAUAUGGAAUAAUGAAAAUUUUAUCACUACCGAAUAGUACAAUCUUCGUAAUCGUUAUUUAAAAUCGUACGCAAAAACAAGAAAAGUGAGAUAAAAAAUUAAUGUUCUUGAUCCAAGAAUAAAACUGUACAUUCUUUAAACAUUACCAAAUAUACUUAACAUUCUGACAUCAAGAACAGUUUUCUUUUUAUUCUUUUCUUUUUUGUGCGUACUUCGUCUUUAAUUUUUUUUUUUCCUCUCUUUUUUGUAUUUCUUUCGUUAAUAUUCAAUAUCGUGUUACAUAAUUAUUAAAUUUCUUGUUACAUUCGCUAUACAUUGUAUAUAUAAGAACUAUAGUUAUCUCUCGAUCGUAUAUAAUCAAUUAUAACUUGGCAGUUGGGCGUUUUAAGCUUAUUAAUUGUUUUCUUUCUCGUUCAUUUUUUUCUUCUCAAUAUUAUUCAAUUAUUAAAUAACAACGAUACAUUUAUUUAUUAUUCAUUUUCUCAUAUGAGGACGUGUAGAAAUCAUAUACGCAUCAUACAACUGCAGGUAAAACUGCAGAAUCAUUAUUUGUUGUUUUUUUUUUUUUUAUAUCAUUAAUUAUAAUAUAACUAUUUAAAAUUACAAUCUACCCGCAGCUGAUCAUAAAA